AUGGAGGGCAUUUGCUGGCCGUGUAAUGCGGAAAAGGAAGUCCCGGGGAACGCACCCCUCCUUGCCCAGGAGGGGAAAGCCAUGCAGCGCCCAGAGGCUGGGAAGCCUAUCAUCAAAUUCAACCACUGUCAGAAGUACAUCUACAGCUUCAGCGCGCCGCCCUGCUGCCCCCUCUGCCGGCAGGACGUGGGCUCCAGGAAGCUGGAGGAAGCGCCUGUCAGCAUCCCUAAUCCGUUUUCCGAUGGGCAUCAAGAAGAGUGUUCAUUCCUCCUCAGACCAACUCAAGGGACGUUUCUUAGGGAGUAUGACGGAAGGUCUGAUCUUCAUGUGGGGAUAACCAACACAAAUGGAGUCGUGUAUAAUUACACGGCGCACGGCGUCCAGCGAGACGAAGCGGGCUGGGGGCAGAGCGUGAGCAUCCCGCUCCUGCAGCCUGGCAUGUUCGGACUGAUGGACCAGUGGGACAAGUACCUGGAAGACUUCUCCACCACGGGGGCCUGGCUGCCUCACAGGUACAAAGAAGACCACCACAACUGCUACAGCUACGCCCUCAAGUUCAUUAACUGCGUCCUGGCCACACAGGGCGAGAAGCGGCUGGACCGGGACGAGUUCACGGAGAAGUUCGUGAUCCCGAGGACGAGGAAGGCUUCCAAGUACAUCAUGCUCUACCGCAUGAUAGAAGAGCACGGCUUCUACGCCAUCGAGCCCCCUGGUCCCCAGACAAGCCCACGUCCGGGAAGCGGCUCGUGCUGA